AAAUACUCCUAAACUUAAACAUUUUUUCUUCUCUUCUCCAAUUCUUCCUAAAUCAUAUUCUUAACUCUCUACUCUCUAAUUCUCUUAUUCUCCAUUCUCCAAUAUAUUAUAUUUAUUAUUUAUAGUUUAUACUUUAUAUUAAUUAUCUACUUAUAUAAACUAUAAAUAGAUAUAAAUAGUAUUAUAUUACUUAUAUUUGUUAUCUAAUUAUAUAUUACAUAUAUAUUUAUUAUGCUCGUUUUAGACUUGGUUCUUUAGAAGAAUGUUUGAAUUAUUAUUAUGCUGCUUUUUUUGGUCCAUUGCCAAUGUAUGAGGACAACUCAAUUGAUCUGAAAAAAGAAUACAACGAGGUUAGUGAUAUAUUUUAUGCAUUAUUCAAUGAGUUUCAUGCACAAUAUGGCAAUGCGCCCCCUCCCCCGACACAAACAUCAUCUAAAGGAAAAUCAAUUUUCAAAUCUACGUUUGCCAAUCUUAUUAAAAAAACAAAAUCAACUCCCGCUACACAACAAAGCACAAUUAAUGAGAUUUCUUUGUAUUUAACUUAUGAUGUUGAUUUUGAAGAAGAUGAUGAUUUUGACGUACUAAACUGGUGGAAGGGAAAAGAAAGAAUGUUCCCGGUUUUAGCAAGUGCUAUCAAUGCCGGUUUCAACGGUUGCCGUGGAACAAGAAUUUAGUUCGGCCGACAAUGUUCUAACACAAACCAGAACGAGGUUGAGCGCUGAAUCUCUUGAGAUGCUUAUAUGCUACCACGAUUGGUUGAAAGCAGCACGUAGAGCUCAAGAAAUUGACAUCACUCCAUCCCAACACUUUAUGGAUGAAUCUACAACAGAUGGUGUCUCUACCUAUGCCGGAGAUUCCGAUUAAAAACAAUUAUAGUUCCUAUUUAAUUUUCAAAUGUAGUUCCUAUUUCAUUUGAAAUAAAU